AUGGGGAUGGCGGCGGUGGUUGUCUGCAAUGGGGAUGACGGCGGUGGUUGUCGACUAUGGGGGAUGGUGGCAGUGGUUGUCGACUAUGGGGAAGUGGUGACGUCUAUGGCCUCUUCCACUGCCAUUGUCAGACCUGAAACAGCUUCCGACCCAGCACGCCUUGCAAAUGUAAACCCUCGCGUGCGUCGCCAAAUGGGGAGAAAUGAAGACAGAAUUAGCAACUUACCAAGCAGUCUUAUGGCCCAUAUCCUCUCUUUCCUUCCAACAAAAGAUGCAGUGGCAACUGGUAUAUUAUCAACCAAAUGGAAGUAUACGUGGACUACAAUCACUAAUCUGGACUUCGAUGAUGAGUUGCUACUCGAAUCCAUAAAUCUUCAAAAGUGUACCAAACGAAAACUUCGUGUAGUAGAAAUGAGCUUCAUAAAUUUUGUCAACCGAGUUCUCUUGCGCAAUUUAACAGAUUUGCAUACAUUCCGCCUGAGAUGUACUCGGAGUUAUGAUGUUUCAAAUCUUAAUUUUUUUAUUUCUACUGCAUUAGCUCGUAAUCUCCGAGAACUUCAUCUUUUCUUGGAAAUGGAAGGCUACAAUGGGCUGCCUCGCGAGAUUUUUACUUGCACAAGUCUCGUUGCAAUUGAACUGGUUGGUAGAUUUGUUCUUAAUGUCCCUACUUUGGUUCGUCUGCAGAAUCUCAAAACACUCGUAAUGAAAACACUUGAAUUUUCGGAUGAUGACUCAAUUAAUAGACUCUUGUCUGGCUGCCCUCUGCUUGAAGAGUUUUCCAUAAGAAGUAGUGAUUUAAAAAAUAUUAGUGUGUUUCACAUUUCUGCUCCCGCUCUCAAGAGUUUAGUUCUAAAUUGUUGGUCUAUGGGUGGCUACAAGUUUGUACUAAAUACACCAAAUCUUCAAGAUCUUCAAUACCAUGACUACAUAGCAGAAGGCUAUUCAAUGAAUAAAUUAAAUGCCCUUGUCAAUGCCGACAUUGGUUUUGUAUCAAGAGGUCACCAUGUCCCUGAAAAACUUGUAGCAGAAUUUGUUUAA